AUGAUAUGCCGAACCUGCCUGCGGGCCUCCCGCUCUCUCGCACCCCCAUCGCGACGCUUCAUAUCGACCUCUCCCGCCUUGCACAACGCAACACCCGUCUCCUCUGCCUCUACACCCACACCACGCCAAGGCUCCCCAACAUCUUCGCACGCUCCCCCGGCUGCUACAUCGACAUCCGCUGCACAGCCCUUCAGCGCGCCUCUCACACCGAAGCCGAGUCCUGCGAUUGAGAAGAAUGCCGCCAAGGUCGCGGACAAGAAGCCCACACCAUUGGUGAAGAGCUCAGUGCCCGCGGGCACGCCACUGAAGGGGCUGAACUUCGAGAAGAACAAGAGCGAUCCCGUGGCGCUGGCGGACGACGAGUAUCCAGCCUGGCUAUGGACGAUCCUGGCGAGGCAGGAGGAUAAGGGUGAUGUUGGGGCUGUGGGAGAUUUAUUUUCGAAAUCCAAGAAACAGCGAAGACUCGCCGCGAAGCGUCUCCGGAAGGAACAAGCCAUGAACCCCGAGCUUCUCACGCCGAAGAUCCCGCUCUACGAGCAGACGAUUGACUUGCCGGCUGGAAACGGUAGUUUGGAGGGUGCGAUGGAGGCAGCGGGUGCGAGAGAAGAGUUGACGAAGGCGAUGAGGGAUAAGAGGAGGGCGAGCAUUAAGGAGGCUAAUUUCUUGAAGGCUAUGGGAUAG